CCCCUUUUCCCAAGUACAGCUGCCGCUUUUCGCCCACUGUAGUCUGUGCUGUAAAAUGGCGCUGAGUUCUCAAGGAACAAAGAAAAAAGUUUGCUACUAUUAUGAUGGUGAUGUUGGGAAUUACUACUAUGGCCAGGGGCAUCCCAUGAAGCCACACCGUAUCCGCAUGACACACAACCUCUUGCUGAACUAUGGUCUCUACAGAAAGAUGGAGAUAUACCGACCUCACAAAGCCAGUGGAGAGGAGAUGACCAAGUACCACAGUGAUGACUACAUCAAGUUCCUGCGUUCCAUCCGGCCUGACAACAUGUCGGAGUACAGCAAACAGAUGCAGAGAUUCAAUGUUGGUGAAGAUUGCCCUGUGUUUGAUGGCCUGUUUGAGUUCUGCCAGCUCUCAACAGGAGGCUCUGUUGCUGGAGCUGUGAAGCUGAACAAACAGCAGACAGACAUUGCUAUUAACUGGGCUGGAGGUCUCCAUCACGCCAAGAAGUCUGAGGCGUCAGGUUUCUGCUAUGUGAAUGACAUUGUGCUCGCCAUUUUGGAGUUACUGAAAUACCACCAGAGAGUUCUGUACAUAGACAUUGACAUUCACCAUGGAGAUGGAGUGGAGGAAGCAUUCUACACCACAGACCGGGUCAUGACCGUGUCCUUCCACAAGUACGGAGAGUACUUCCCCGGCACUGGAGACCUGAGGGAUAUUGGCGCAGGGAAAGGCAAGUACUAUGCUGUGAAUUACCCUCUGAGAGAUGGGAUAGAUGACGAGUCUUACGAAGCCAUAUUCAAGCCUAUCAUGUCUAAAGUGAUGGAGAUGUACCAGCCUAGUGCAGUGGUUCUUCAGUGUGGAGCUGACUCUCUCUCGGGAGACAGGCUUGGCUGCUUUAACCUCACCAUCAAAGGCCAUGCUAAGUGUGUGGAGUACAUGAAGAGCUUCAACCUGCCCCUGCUGAUGCUGGGGGGUGGAGGCUAUACCAUCCGGAACGUGGCCCGCUGCUGGACCUAUGAGACAGCUGUGGCCCUAGACAGCUCCAUACCAAACGAGCUUCCAUACAAUGAUUACUUUGAGUACUUUGGGCCAGACUUCAAACUGCACAUCAGUCCCUCCAACAUGACCAACCAGAACACCAACGACUACCUGGAGAAGAUCAAGCAGCGUCUGUUUGAGAACCUUCGAAUGCUGCCCCACGCCCCGGGGGUCCAGAUGCAGGCCAUCCCAGAAGACGCCGUGCAGGAGGACAGUGGAGACGAGGAGGAGGAAGACCCUAACAAACGCAUAUCCAUUCGCGCCCAUGACAAGAGGAUAGCGUGUGACGAGGAGUUCUCAGACUCUGAGGACGAGGCUGAGGGUCAAGGGGGCGGACGGAGAAAUGCUGCCAGCUUCAAGAAAGCCAAGAGAACAAAGACUGAAGAAGACAAAGAAAAAGAGGGAGAAGAGAAGAAAGCAGGUGAUGAAAAGAAAGCUGAUGACAAGAAAGAAGUAAAAGAAGAAAAGGUGCCAGAGGAGGAGAAAAUGGACACAAAGGGGCCAAAAGAGGAGUCCAAGACACCGUGAGGAGCUCCUAGCCAUCUUUUUAAAGCAAUCACACCUGGGCCUAGUUUCCCAAAAGCAUCUGAAGGCUAAGUUCGUUAUAACGAUAUGGAUUUUACGUUUGGGAAACCGGGCCAUGUUGAGAAUAGUUCUGUUUGCCAGACCAGUCACCUUUACUGGCUGCUGCAAGGGAAAAUCCCACCCCUCCAGAUUGAAAUGGCUAAACAUGUAUUUUCUAGAACACUUAAUGUUGCAAUUUUUAUAAGUACUGCUGUUUUUGUAUGCUUUAUCCUAUGAAUACUGCUCCCCUUACCCAAACAAAUGUAGUCUACAGUAUAUUAAAGGCCUGGCAUAAAAUAUUAUGCAUUUUAUAAAUUUCAGAUUUAAUUUAAAUCAUAGAUAUGUUGCCAUCUCUUGUACCCCCUUUUGUAUUUUGUCCCACUGUUGUCCUGUGCCUUUGGAAACAUGACAUGAAGUAUACUUCUCAAAGAUGUAUUCAUUCUGUGUUACCGGCUAAAGCUACUCUGAGCAAUAUUGUCCGGAGGAUAGAAUUAACCUGAAUACUACACCAGGCCUACAGUACAGUAUGUGAUAAAACAUAAAUAAUCCAAUGACUUC